AAGUCACAACAACCAAUCAACCAACAUGUUCAAAUUGUUCGUUUUCUUGGCCCUUGUCGCCUUCGCUUUCGCCCUCCCCAAGGCCCAACCCCAAUUCUACGGUGACUAUUCCGCUGUCGGCUACGGUGGUUACGGUUACGCCGCCCCCUACGCCUAUGGUGGAUACGGUGCCGGCUACUAUGGCGGUGCUUACUACUAGUUUAUUUUAAACAAAAUCCCUAAGAGUUUUAUCGUUUCUGCGAAACUUACACAACCCACAUGCAAUAUAAUAAAUAAAAAAUUGAUCAAAAA